GGAAGACGAAGAGAGAGAGAGGGAGGAAGAGUUGAAAUGUCUCUGAGCUGAGGCGGACGGAAAAAACCCCGACGAGGAGCUGUCCAUUUCACAGCAUCACGUCUGUUUCCACCUGCCGUGACACACACCGCCCCCCCUCCUCCCAUACAUACCCUUCACACACACACACGCACACGCACACACACGCACGCACUGGUGGAGCUGGUGGAAGCGGAUUAAUGUGGACCGCAGUGUCUCACUUGCAGCAUCUCAUCAUCUCUGGCACCGGGAAGACAAACGCCGCCGCCGCCGCCGCUGCAGCUGCACCAGAGAUCGCAUCACGCUCCUGGUAUGAAGAAUAGGGAUCAGUUGGAGGUGUCCCAUGGGCAUGUUUGUCCUCUGGCCGUUCAGCCGGUGUGUCUCUGCUCUGCACACAGACGCUCUGGGAGGCAGAAGAAAGACCGUCUAAAAAUAAACUGACACCAGCCACCACCAGCAGAAAAACAAAAACCAAACCAACAAAUAAAAGAAGAACGGGACAAAGAAGAACUUGUUUUUGUCUUUUUCACCCUGUUUGACUCUGUCUGUCUGCUCUAUUUCUGCUUCUCUGUCCUCAUUACGGCCUGAGAGGAGGUCAUGUCCCAGUCUGGAAAAGUCCUUCAUUUGUAUGUGGAAGUGAGAUCUGCCCCAGAUCAGAAGGGAGGGAAAGGGACAUUUGGAGAAAAUGAAGAAGGGAUUGCUCAGGGGCAUUCAGUUCAGGACAGUCCUGCGGAGCUCCUGUCUCAGAUAGCGAGUCAGCCGACCUGCCAGAACGUCACCAAGGCCUCCACAGCGCACCGUCUGGUUCAGGACUGCACACACAGCCAGUCUCCUUCUAGAAACGCUAUUAGCUUUCAGAUCCAGCAAGCCAGCAGCUCCCCUACAGUCACUAAGAAGUGGAGUGCACCCUGUGACGGAGUGUCUGCCGUCCACUCUCCACCAAUGCCCUCUUCUGGAAAGGUCACAGUCCCUCACACAUCACCCAUGUGCCGGAGGUUUAACCAGGAACAAGUCAGUGAUGGUACGCGGUCUGUGGUCACCUUCAGUUACAUUGAGAAGUCCAAUGUGAAGACCGUGGACAGUCCACGCCACUCUGUGUGCGAGAGAGGGACCAGAGAGGAAAGAUCCACCCCCUCUCACUUUCGUAAAAGGCUCAGCGACCCAGUUUGGUUUGGCAGUCCCAAUUCAUCAUGCAGCUCCAGUCCCAAGCUGACUUUCCAAUCUCCAGGAAGUCACCAGCAGGCAUUCUCUCCCGGCCUUCGCCAACCAUCCUUGGACCCCAUCGGCAGGGCAGCUACCCAGAGGGCUGUGGAGGAGUUUGGCUCCCCUCUACUGAGGAUUAAACUAGCCCAUGCACUUGAGCAAACCUCAUCCUCACGCUACAACCAACAGCCACGCUGUCAGUCCUGGGCUGGGUCUCCUGUUCAGCGUCAGAACAUCAGCAUAAACCCCAAAGACCACAUCACAGAUAGGAGCCAGGCUGUUUGUGGGCUGCCUCGGAGUCCAGCGUCAGACCAGCUGUCCUCCCAGUCCAGGCAGUCUCCUCACUCAAAGCCUGAGUCCUGUGUCGAGUCUCAGAGCCGUCUUCACUGCUCAGGAGAGGACAGAGCUGUGGCAGGCAGUCCAGCCACCAAAAGACAUGUUCACAGGGCUUGUAACAGGAAGACUUCACCGCAGAGAGCAAUCCUCACACUUGGCAAUAAUGUAAUUGAGGGCUUGAACCAGUUAAGUGACAGUAAAUCCUCUUCUCCGGCUCAUAGCCCUGAAGUUGCCCGCAGGCUAGCAGAGGAGGCUUCCAAAGUAUCUUCUAUUUUCACAGAGGCAAGAAGGUCCUCGUUGCACAAUGCUUUAGGUGAGCCUGUAAGAGGCUCGAACGCCGGAGAAUUUCACAAUUCAUCUCCAAAUGCACAACAGUCUAAGCAAAUGCUCAAGAUGAACAUCCCUUUAAACGACCAACACACGCCAGCAACUGACAACACAGACUCUCACCAGCCUGAAAACGCUAGCUUGCAGUCACAGUCACUUGAAACAAACUCCCAUAGUAAUUAUCAAACACACCAGGAGGACUGCAAUCAGAAAUCCCAGCAUCAGAGCUCAAUGUUAUCAGCGGCUCAGAGUUCCCCCGCCAUUCCUUCACGUGUUCUCCGUCCCUCUCAUCCUCCCACUGAGCUCAGCUCCCCCAUUAGGGACCCGAGGCUAUUCCAAGCAGAGCUCCGAGCACCAGAUACCCCCACCCUACAUCGCCGUCAGCUCCCGCAGUACACCAGAGAUUCCUGGUCCCCGAGCCUGGACAAGAGAGGAGACCUGAGCUGUUUCGAGAGGGUGGACUGCACAGAGCUUGCUCGCAGGCUCUUUAUCAAUCAGAGUGUUGAGGAGGCACCAGUUAGCUGGACAUCCAGGCAACAGUGGGGGAAUCAGGAGGAGAACAGCCCAAGGCCAAGCCCUGAACCUGGAUUUGGGUCCAUCAAUGACAAAACUCCUGAUCAUCAAUCCAGUCACCGUUACAGGCCGCUCAGUCCCACAGCCCAGCAGAAACGCGCUGAGCAGAGGAGGAGAGAGAUCCUGCUUCUGGGACCUGUGGUGCUGGACUCUCCAGAGGAAGAUGAGGGCUGUGAUGAGGAAGGACAGGGCAAUGAGGUGGAGGGAUUUGUGGCAGGGCAGCAGCCACGCUUGCAGAGGGUAGAAGAGCCACCAGAGGUGGAGCAGAAUGGAGCAAUGGGAGGGUCGUCCUCGCGGAGCUCCAGUGGGGUGACGGGCAGCUUGGGGGACAGGGACUGUGUGUCCCCAGAGUCCAGUCAGUCCAGUCACCAGAGCAACGAGACCGGGGCCGCCACUUCAGGAAUACAGACGGACAGCGGCUGUGCAGUGCCCGUCCCCUCGCUCCAUUGUCAGAGGAUCGCGCGUGCCAAGUGGGAGUUUCUAUUCGGGACCCCUGCUGAGGAGGCUGCUAGCAGGGGAGAGAAAAAUUCACUGGAAGCCUCCACAGCUCCUCCCAGUGGCAACUCCAGUGAGUCUCCCACCCCGACUCCCCCGUCCUCACUGCCUCUGCUUUCUGCCAAUCAUGAGGUGCAGCAUGUGGAGGUAGAGCUGGUGACCCCUCCCCCGGCCGUUAUCGGGACUUCGCCCAAAACCGGCAUAAUUGGCCGCACGCUUAAGUAUUCAGAAACUGACCUGGAUGCAAUUCCACUACGCUGCUACCGCGAGACAGACAUAGACGAGGUGCUGCUGGCUGAGCAGGAUGACGCCGACUCUGCGUUUGGGAGUAACCGCAGCGUGCAGGGCACCUCAGGGACAGGCAGCAGCCCGCUGGGGGGUCUGGUUUAUGGGAGGACAGAUGGGGAGGUGGGAGAGGAGAGAAGAGGAGGAAGGGAGGAGGAGGAGGAGGAAGAGGAGGAGGAGGAGGAGGAGGAGGAGGAGGAGGAGGACGAAAUGGUGAGCUGGGCCAGUGUGAGGAUGCAAGGAGACACCAGGAAGCAGCAGUACGCAGCUCAGGAGGAGCCAGAGGUGUUUGGCCACCUUCUGAAGAGACCAAUGGAAACGUUUUUUGACAACCACCACCCAGCCCUGAAAUCCCCCAUCUUGGUCUCUGGUCCUCGCUGUGCUGCAGAGGACACCUUCAGCCGCCACUUUGAGAGCAUCAUGGAGUCUCACCGAGCCAAAGGGACAUCGUACAACAGCCUGGACAGCGAGGAGCUGCUGACUUCGAGCACCCAAACGGUCCUGACCUUUGACUUGCCCACACUAACCCCUGCCAUCCACGCUCCGGUUUGCCAGAGCGCCAGGCAGAUCGUCCAGCUUAGCUUCGCCCCGCUGGCACACGAUGAGAGGCCCAGUCUCUCCGAUUCUAUCUUUACCGUGACUGGGGACUCGGACGCCACCCGAGCCCCCUCCAGCGAGAGGCUGAGCAGCGGUUCAGACGACACGCCACCCAGAGGACGAGAGUGCGCACAGCUGGGGAGCAGCUGGUACAGCAACAUUUCUUUCUCAUUACCAAGCAGGGAGAAGGCCCGUCUGGCGACAGAUUCGGAGCUGGACCAGGACCUCAGUGAUCGGCUGGGUCUGGGCAGCAGCGACACCCUCACCAACGGCAGUCAUCGUGCCGACCUAGCAGCCGCCAAACGCUUGGCCAAACGUCUCUUCAACUUGGAUGGCUUCAGGAAGUCCGAUGUGGCACGCCACCUCAGCAAGAAUAAUGACUUCAGCCGUAUGGUAGCAGAAGAGUAUCUGAGUUUCUUCAACUUCACAGGCCUCGCGGUUGACCAAGCAUUGCGGACUUUCCUCAGACAGUUUGCCCUCAUGGGGGAGACUCAGGAGAGGGAGAGGGUGCUGUCACACUUUUCUAAGCGUUACUUGGACUGCAACCCAAAAGUCAUACCGUCAGAGGAUGCAGUUCACACGCUCACCUGUGCCCUCAUGCUGCUGAACACCGAUCUACAUGGUCAGAACAUCGGCAAGAGGAUGUCGUGCACGCAGUUUAUUGGCAACCUGGAAGGACUGAACGACGGCCAAGAUUUUCACAAGGAUCUGCUUAAAGCUCUCUACAACUCAAUCAAGAAUCAGAAGCUGCAAUGGACACUCGACGAGGAAGAGCUGCGGAAGUCGUUUUCGGAGCUCGGGGACAGCCUGUGUGACUCCAACGCCUCGAGAUCGAUGAAGCGGGUCAGCAGCAGUGGGAAGCCCCUGUCGGACGGGAUGGAGCCGUCCGGAAUGCUGCUGUACAAAAACGGAUUCCUGGUCCGCAAAGUCCACGCCGACUCGGACGGCAAGAGAACACCAAGAGGGAAGAGAGGGUGGAAGACCUUCUAUGGCAUCCUAAAAGGGUUAAUUCUCUAUCUGCAAAAAGGGGAAUACAGGCCUGAUAAACAGCUAUCUGAGGAGGACCUGAAGAACGCUGUGUCCAUCCACCACUCUCUGGCCAUGAAAGCUUCGGACUACAGCAAGAGGCCCAACGUCUUUUACCUGCGAACUGCUGACUGGAGGGUGUAUCUCUUCCAGGCACCGAACGCGGAGCAGAUGCAGUCUUGGAUCACGCGGAUCAACACGGUGGCCGCCAUGUUCUCAGCUCCUCCCUUCCCAGCAGCCAUCGGCUCCCAGAAGAAGUUCAGCCGGCCGCUGCUGCCGGGGACGAUGUCAAAACUGUCUGAGGAGGAGCAGGUCAGAUCCCACGAAACUCGAUUCAGAUCCCUCUCCACUGAACUGUCUGAGCUGCGCUCCUACCCUCCUGACCGCAAGGUCAAAGGGCGCGAGCUGGAAGAGUACCGCCAGCGAGACGAGUUUCUGGAGUUUGAGAAAACACGGUACGCGACUUAUGUCAUGCUGCUGCGAGCUAAGAUCCGGAGUGGUGAGGAUGACCUGUCUGUGUUCGAGUCCCAGCUCCUGGAGGACAACGGGCUGCAGAGGGCUCACUCCAGCCCCACGCUGCAGGACAGCAGCCAGGCCAGCCAGGUCAGCCAGGCCAGCAGCGCCAGGGAUGGGGGCAACAGCAGCAAAGCCAGCGGCUGCAGCAGCAAGGUUCGACAGGAAGGCCAGAGACACAGUUACCGGCAAGCCGUCAAGAAGUGAGACGGGGCGGGGGCGCCGGGAGCGGCACAGCGUUGCACUGCCAGCGGCAGGCUGUCUCCCUGCAUAGGUUUUUAUUUGAGAUCCAGGAGGGUUUGGAGCUCUGCUUGAAGGGGGAGCAGGAGUGAGGGUCUACCCCACACCCUCCCCCAACCACGACGCCCUACCCGGCACCCCAAUCUUCUCGUCUAACAGAGGAGGGCUGGGAAACACCAGCGAGGAUGUUGGUGCAAGAGGUGGGAGGAACGGCUGGGAGGUCACAGAUCUGCAGAGACGAACGUACGCUGGGUGCAGCAGCAGACUGUACUGUGCAGUGAGAUAAAGAGGAUGCUUAUACAUUGAACAGGGCACCAGACAGGGACGUACAUCCAGCAUCCUUUCCUUUUCUCCCCUUUUGUUCUUUCAAAGCACCUCUCCGGCCACGUUCUCCCACCUUUUUUCUUGACCUUUCACUCAGUUUUGGGACCAAACACGUUAACACAUUUUAAAAACAUCACAUCUUAGACGACUGAUGAUUUGACUUCAGUUGAAUUGCUACCGCCACUCUGAUUUGAAGCGCUGUAAUAGUUACUGAACUUGUAAAACAUCACCAGGUCUUAUGGAGCCAUUACACUCCAGCUACUUAUUUUGCCACAUCACCGCGGUGUGUUCACAUUCCACACAGGAGCCGGACAAUACAGCUUCUAGCUCCUGUACGUAUUUCACUGAAGGUGGUAUCAAGUUGAAUCUACAGACUGUGCACAGCCCCUAAUGAUGAAGUGUUGAGGGUGUGGCUGCAGUAUUCAACAUGAUGAGGUGGUGCGGCUCGUCUCUCCUCUUGUCACUGAUGGCCAAUUAGAGGCAACAAUGUCAAUAGAAGUUCGCAGUCCUCCUGAUGUGCAGCAAUGUAACUGCAUCUCAUCAAGAGGGGUCUCUUCUUUUUUUUUUUUUUUGCUCUACUUGAACAGGCGAUCUCUCUCCCAGUUGCUUUCGCUUCUGUCCCGUGGUGUGCUUCUGUUCUCUUUCUAUUUCUCGGCCAGAAGUUGUUUUCUCCAGUUAUCCGCAUGCCUGCAUCCAGCACAGCUUCUUUUAGGCCUUUUACUACUUUGAGGGCAAAACUGAGAGCAGCAAAGUUGUUCUCUGGGGUCAUUUAGUCCUUUUCCUCAUGCCGGUGCCAUAACCAACAUGUGUAAUCUUUGUCUGUACUUAUAGCCUCUCAUUUAUAAACCCUUAACACUCACCAGGCAGACCCUGAAUGUUCUUGUUUUUUCAAUAUUUUUACAGUAUUUUACAGUCGUUUGUUGAUGUUGAACCUAUUCCACCUGUGUAUGAUGAAAUAUGAUAUAGAAAAUAUAAAAGGAAAUAUGUUACCCAUACUGUUUGUAAACAUCCAGGAUAUGUUGUAUAUAACGCGCCAUCAGCUGUACGCUUAUAUUGUAGGAUAUAUGACGGUAUAUUUACAAUAUAUUCAACACACUGUUGUGAAGAUGCAUUAGGUGCACUCAAAGUUGCCAUUUUCUUCUUGUAAGUCACAAAAGCGCUACACGAUAAUCAUGUGUUGUUUUGUGGGUUUUUUUACAUGGUGGUAAUAAUUCAGCACAAUGUGAGUAUUAUAGUGACGCCUAUGUACCUAUCAAAGAUUAGUAAGUGAUCAGAGGGUGUUUGUGACAGGAUUUCGCCACCUGGUAGAUUGGAUUUUGCUCAUUUGUGUGAGGAUUUCAGCUACCGUGGGAAGUAUUCCAAAGACAGCGCAUGGUUCGCUAUGACCUUAUAGCAUGAUUUUAAAGGGAUCAGGGUUGAUGCUGUUGUCAGAGAUGCAUGAAAAAGGUGAGGAAUGUAAAAAAAAAAAAAAAAAAAAAGUGUGUGACAAUGAAACUCCUCAUUAAGGAGGGUGUGGGCGGACUGGUUUAAAUACCAUAUCAUGUUUGGAACAUAUGAUUUUGGUAGCCACAUACACCUCAUUAUUGAUGUAUAGCCAUUUUCUUCUCAGGCUUUAAAAUGACACCUUGAGCAGCUGCAGUGUCAGCGUCCGACCAGCAGGGAGAGCUGUCAACGUUCAGUUUUUUCAGCCAUAAUCACACCUGCUGCACCUGCAGUUAAUAUGCAUGGCAUCACCCACUCACCUGAGGACGGGGAUGGAUACUGCAGGGCUAAAUGAGACAACGCCUGUUUGUACUAACUUUGGAUGUCAAGUCUGUGUGUGUGUGUCUGAGUGUGUGUUUACACGUCUGUCUUGCUGUACGUUAGCGUGUGCGUUAGCGUGUGCAUGCUGUUCGAAGGAGCCAGUUGUCUGACGCUUCUUCCAUCCAGCAUCAGUUCCCAUGCUGUUAACUCUAAAUGUGUAGUUUGUAAUUUGUUUUUAGAACAGAUGAUUUCAUAUCCAGGCUUAAGCAUAUCAUAGUGUUUGCCUCUUAAUCACGUUCUGCCUGCAGUUCAGAGCUGAAACGAUUAGUCGAUUAGUCGAUCGACAGAAAGUUAAUCAGCAACUGUGAUCAUUUGAUUCAUUUUUCAAGCAAAAAUGCCAAACAUUCCCCUGUUCCAGCUUCGUAACUAUGAGUAGUUCCUUCUUUUCUUUGUCUUAUGUGAUAGUAAAAUUGCGUACCUUUGGGUUUUGGACUGUUAAUCGGACAAAAGAAGCAAUUCAAAGGCAUUUACGAUGCCAUUUUUCACAACUUUCUGACGUUUUGUUGACCAAAUGAUUAAUCGAUAAUGAAAAUAAUCAUUAGUCGCAGCCCUACUGCAGCUUAUUUUCAUCUGUAUCUCAUCUCAUCCUCUGCUUUUCUUGUCUGCGCUUCCCAUUUGUCAUUCCACUGAUAUCACUUUUCAGUCUGGUGGUUUUAAAGAACAUUUAUGUGAUGUAACUUGACGUUACAGCUCCGUGUUUAUUAAUAGUGUUUGACUCUGCUGUCUUUAAUGUGGCCAAUCUGUCAAAGAGCAGCCAGACUCAUGUUGAGUGCCAUUCAUGGUCCACUGAGGGGAAGGAUGAUGAGUUUUGAUUCAGAAAGUCCUGCUUUCAUUCAUUCUUGAUAUAUUCAGUUACGUCAGAUAAAUACCAAUAUUGCAAACAUUUGAAAGCGCUUCUCAGAUUUUAUCCUUGAAUCUUAAAUAUAUUUUUAUUCCACACUGAAGCAGCUGUUUUUGUGGACAUUACAAUCAUUUGAUUUCCACAAUGUCGACAUUUUACACACGGCGCAUCCCUAACAAGCAACCACACGCUUAUCAUUUAGCACUAAUGUACACAUUUGACAAAAACAACACCCGGUAGCUGUUCUGGAGCUUUCGAUCGUAUCACACGAUCUUCCUCAUCCAGUUUUUAUGAAAAUGCAGUUGUUCAAAUUUCCUUUGUGAGCACAUUAUUGUUUUCGUCACCUGCUGUUUCCAAGGUCAAGAAUGACUCAAUCUCAAAUGUACACAUGAGAGCUGAAACAACUAGUCGAUCAAAAAGGUAAAUUCAUCUUCAACCGACAGUAUUUUGAUAAUCGAUUCAUCUUUGCAGUCAUUUUUUCUAAGCAAAAAACGCCAAACAUUUGCUGGUUCCAGCUUCUCAAAUGUGAAGUUUUGCUGCUUUUCUUUGACAUAUACGGCAGUCAAUUAAAUCUAUUUGGAUUUUAGAGCGUUGGCAAUUUAAAGACGUCGCCUUCGGCCUGCGGAAAUUGCAUUUUUCACUAUUUUUGAACAUGUCACAGACUUAACGAUUAAUCGAGAAAAUAAUCAGCAGAUUCAUCAAUAACAGAAAUAAUCACAAAGAUCAUUCUUGGGAUUUUAAGAAUUGAUAUCGGAUCAUUUAACUGAAUAAUGUCCACCAUAAGUAAUAGUUUUCUGUUGUUGUUAUUUUUUGUGUGAGUGUACAACCCAAGAUUAAUUGGACAAUGUUUGUUUUCACCAAGUCCCAGUAAUGAGUAACUGAAAUGAGAUCCAAAAACAGAUUGUGUAACUAAAUCAAAUCAACUUCAAAGAGUGCAAUAACUGACGGGUAAUCUCGGCACAGGCUCUAUACACUCCAUACAGUACGGGUGGAUGCAGUUCUUCAGAUCCUCCGAGCCCCCCCCCGCCUCCUCUCUCCAUGUGUUGUCACCACUCACAUCAAAGAGCAGCUGCAGGAUCUCCAUGGCACUGGUUAGCAUGGAAAUGGCUGGUUCCCCUGGUGACUGCUCUGUGAUGCUCAAGUGAAAGUCACCAUGUCGUACUGCGUUCACAGCGGUAGAAUACCUCUGUUAAAGCAGCAGUGCAUGCCCGCAGCAGUUUGGGCAAACUGUCCUUUAAACGUGCACUUGUACUGUUUCCAUCUCUGCCCACGAAAGCCUCAUUUCUGAAUGUGACAUGUAAAUAAAGCAUGAGAUAUUAUGGCCUGCUGCUCAUUUAUAUUAUGGUUAGAGUAUUAAAUGAAGGGUUAAUAUAUAAGGUAGGUCAACAUUUUUUCCUGUCCUUGAGCUCAUGGUCUUUUUUUUUUUCUAUCAAUGUGAAUGAAGCAAAUGGCUAUAUUUAACGCUGUUGUAUGCUGUUGUGUUUUAGAGACUCGAGCCAGCUCAUACAAAUCUUUUUACAUGUAAAGGUCUGAUCUGAUCCAUCUCAGUGUUUUUUAGACCGGUGCAGGUAAGGCAAUGUUCGUUUUAUGCUACACAUACAGUGAGCUACAUGUGUCACUGCCUUGUUAAAACUCACCAAGGAAAUGUUGUUUGUGAGCUUCUCAUUUCGGGAGGCAUAGAAGAUGAAAAUAAAAGUGUUUUGGAAGCUUAA